AUGGAUUCUGUUUGGAAGAACAUAAGCUUAACGUUACUGAUGACGUGUUUUGUCUUCCAGACAAAGUUUUCAAGUGUUCAGACCCGUAAGUAUUAGAUUAAGCUGAAAUCAGGUUACUCGUCCAAUUAAUUAAAACUCCGCUAUGAGCUGUUUUUUUAUUCGUCUUGACUGGAUUUGCUCUGUUGGAGUUCCAUGAAAUUUAUUCAAUUUCAUUUAACUUCGAGUUAAUUACAUGUGCAUGCAUCGCAAUGUUUUCAAACAUAAAGCCUGAACAAUUAUCUUGCUAGUUUUAAUUAUCAUACAUUCUUUAAAGUCAGACUGAGAAAAAAAUUGAUGCAAGGGGAGUGUGAAACAAGCUGGGGUAAUUAAUUUUUCAACAUAUUUGAAGACUUUCUUAGCUGUAAUUGAGAAGGUCACCAGACCUUCUCGAUCUUGAUUUCCAAGUGUCCGCAAUUCUGCACAGCUACAUGCUCAUGACGCUUAUCGUUCUCAGAUAAAGAAAACAGUGGCAAAAAAUAGUAGAUUGCUGGUUGGAUUAUAUCAAGGUUGUGGGGAAAUCUUUCCACUUCGUCUUGUUGUCCACAAUCCAAUUUCUGGGCUUUAACGCAGCCAAGUCCCUGAUCUCAGAAGACUUACAGGGAAACCCCAGAUGGCAGUGUGACCCAUUCAACAACGCAAUGUCGUGGGAAUCAUAAUGCAGCUAUCCCAAACAGAAAAAAAAAAUUCAUACGAAGAAUAGUUUCAUAACUGUUAUUUUUGGAACGUAUUUCACACACUGAUUUGCCCGCUGGUUUAUUUAUUUAUUUAUUAUUAUUAUUAUUAUUGUUAUUAUUAUUAUUAUUAUUAUUAUUAUUAUUAUUAUUAAUUUACAGAAAGUUUGAAACCUUACUUCACACAUAAACCCAAGAAUAUAACAGCCAAGUUACAUUCUUCAACAACAGUUAUAAAAUGCUCUGCAACAGGCAUACCAAUGCCUUCUGUGAAGUGGGUGAGAUACACUACCAGUGGUGAGACUGUGAUUAGAACUGGAGGCAGAUUUGUUGUGGGUUCUGUCUUUAGAAAUCUCUAUAUCUUCCACCUACAAUGGUCAGAUGCAGGGCAAUAUGGCUGUGUGGCCCAGAAUAAACAUGGAAGAGCUGAAGCCAAUUUUUACAUUACUGUGCAAACAGGUAUGCAAACUCUUAAGAUUAACAUCAUGACAACAUUGAGUUUGGGCAAAUGGUCAAAAAAUAUUUGUUAAAAUUCAAUUUCCCACCUCCCUCCCACAUUUAAAACUAAAAAUGUUUCAUGGGACAACUGCUUUUUUUUUUCUUUCAUUUUCCUGAAAUUUGAUUGAUCACUUUAAGCAAGCCUUGAAAUCUGAUUGCUUGUUUUGCUUUGAUGUUGCUUUUUCAUUUAUAGUAAAAACAUUUUUGGGCUUGUGAAUAAAUCACUGUGCUGAGAGCCAAUCAGAUUUCAAAAGUCAUCAGUGAUAUCCAAGUUGAUGUUUUGAGAGCAAAGUUUGACUAACCAAUUUUUCCAUCUCUCAUCUAGAAAGUGCACCUAGUUGGAAAAUCAAGCCACGCAAUGUGACAUUGUAUGAAGAUCAAGAAUACACCUUGCCAUGUGAUGCUAUUGCAUUUCCUGAGCCAGCGCACUCUUGGUCACACAAUGGACAUCUUGUAGUUUCCUUUAAUCCUGUAGUUGUAGGAAACAAUUUAGUUUUUUCCUCUGCAAAGGCUUCCCACUCUGGAUGGUACACCUGUACAGCAUCUAAUUAUCAUGGAUCUAUUUCUUCUUCAGUCUAUGUUGAAGUGGUCUCAGGUAUGUAAUUUUAUUAAAAACAUUGGAGGUACUUCUGGAAAAACCUUGGAGUGCCAUUAAUUAAAGAUUGCAGAAGAUGUCAGUACAAAUUCCUAAGUUAGAAAGGUUAUCAAUGCAACCUUGUGGGUUGUUAUGUACAAUGUACAUGUAGGUCUCAAAUGUGACAUUCAGCCUUGUUCUUGAAACCAUUUUGAAUGGAAAUUGAAUUCAGAUGAUCAGUUUAAUGGUUAUUGACCUUACCACCUUGAAAGGAACCCCAGACCUUAGAUUUAACUCUUAAGUCCCUAACAUCAGUAUGCAUAUUCUCCAUACUGUUCUCAAAACAUUUCCUAAGGCACAGACAAGGAGAAUUUGUGUAACAAUCAAGGGAUUUUUUAGUUGAUAAUCAUUUACUUAUUCUCAUAACUUUAACCUUUUACACCCUAAUAUCAGUAUGUAUAUUCUCCACACUGUUCAUCAUACAUUUCCUAACGUGCUGACAAGGAGAAUUUGUUUCACAGUCAAAAGCUUCUUUAGUUGAUGAUCAUUUCCUUUAUUCUUGUGGCCUUCAUGAGUGAUUCUCAAAACAUUUCCUAAGGCACAGACAAGGAGAAUUUGUGUAACAAUCAAGGGAUUUUUUAGUUGAUAAUCAUUUACUUAUUCUCAUAACUUUAACCUUUUACACCCUAAUAUCAGUAUGUAUAUUCUCCACACUGUUCAUCAUACAUUUCCUAACGUGCUGACAAGGAGAAUUUGUUUCACAGUCAAAAGCUUCUUUAGUUGAUGAUCAUUUCCUUUAUUCUUGUGGCCUUCAUGAGUGAUUCAGGAGAGAUAUUGUAAGGAGAAAUUAGAUGUUAGUCACUCUUAGGGGUGGAAGGGUUCAUCCUUAAAUUCUCAGAAGAGAUUGACAUGUAAUCUCUCUCUGUAAUAUCCAUAUAUUGUCCAGUAAUGAGGUAAUGAGGCUACUCAAACUUAUCAGGUAGAAAUCGUUAUCUUGAUUGAACACCAAAUUCUCAUAACCAAUUUACAAGGAAAUGUGUAACAGUAAGAGGGGAGAAUGAACAAUCAGUCCUGGGGAGUUAAAAGGUUGAUGUGUGAUUUGUAGGUAAUAAUGUAAGGAGAAAUUACGACAGAGGCUAGCCAGCCUAAAGGGGUCGGAGAAUUAAUAUUCUCCUCCCUCAUUGACUUAUAUAUUAACCCUUUAACUCCCAGAAGUGAUUAACAUGUAACUUCUCCCUAUAAUAUCCAGACAUUAUUGAGCAAACAGGUAAUGAGAAUACUCAAACUUAUCUGGUAGAAGUUGUUGUCUUGAUCUAUCACCAAAUUCUUCUAACUAAUUUACAAGGGAAUGAGUUGAAGCUAGAAGGGAGAAUUAACAAUCAGAUCUUUACAUUUUUGUCUUUAAGAUCCCUCAGUUGUUAUGCAACCCCAGGAUGUCCCAACUGUCAUUGGAGGGAGUGUGGCAUUAUCCUGUGGUGUUGUUGGCAGUGCCACAUCAUUUGCGGUUAAGUGGACUCACAAUGGCAGUGAUUUAAGGGAGGACAAUUCAUUCUCCUUAACAAACACAACUUGGCGCAAUGUAAAGAUAUUUGAGUUGAAAAUUGAUGGAAUAAGACGUCGUCAUACUGGGAAAUAUUGUUGCAUAGUGACUAAUGCCAAAGGAAGUGUAACAAGCAGGAAAUCUAGAGUUUAUUUUUCUAGUGAGUGACUUGAUUAUUCAAGUUAUUUUAAUGUACCUGUAGGAGAUACCCCUGUGCAAGAUAUUUUUGGAAUGCAAACAGCACACAAAAGGCAAAUUUCACUGAUUUUGGUGUUCCCUGAUUUCAACCAAUCAUUUGGAAAGCUAAUAGUGAGGUAUUUGAAACAAUAUGCACUUUGUGACACUUAAAUUACAAAGGAAAAGAAGUCUCAACUUUGUGGCUAAAUUUGAUAUUUUCAAAAUUAAUUGAAGAUACAGUAAGGAAAACUCAUCUCUGUACCAUCAAGGUUUUCACUCAGACAGCAAAACAUGUUGGUGGUACUUAAAUUUUUAUGCUUGUAUCUAAAGUUUUUUUUUUUUUUUUAAUAAUAAUAUGAAUGAAAACUACUUUUCAUUGUCAGAAGUUUCCCACACCUUUUCCUUGUAAAGUAAAAUACAAUUUGCACAAUCAUUCACAUUGCUUCAAGCACCAUUGAGGUAAAAAGUCCCCAGCAUACAUAAUUGUCAGAUUAAAGUGGAGUUAUGACUGAGGUGUUUUUUUUUUUGCAUACUUUCAAUUGAUGGCAUCUGUGUUUAAUAAAAUAAUGACUGCUGUUAAAUUUCCUUUAUGGUUACAGCCUGGGUUCUUCAAACAUAAAUUUUCCCUAGUGAUUAAUAAAGACUACCCUUCCUGUGCAGAUUGUACCAUGAUAAUUUGUAGAGGUAACAUUUUUUUUUUUUCUCCAAAGGUUCUGUUAUUCCUUAUAAAGUUGAAGUACCAAGACCAGCAGUAGUUGCUGCAGUUGGUUCUGAUGUUGAGUUGAAAUGUUUCUUCAGUGGAAGCCCAAUACCACAAGUAAUUUGGUACAAAGAUGGAAACAAAGUCACAGACCUAGGAUUUCAAUUUGUCCGAGGUGUAGGGUCAAGAUUUGAAGCCAUUUUAGAAUUAAGCAAUGUCACAAGUUCUGUUUCAGGUCAUUUUGUUUGUGUUGUCAGUGGUGUGGCAGGCACAGCUGAGGGCAACAUAACAUUGUUUGUUGGAGGUAUGUUUGUUUCUUAUCACAUGACAAUUAAAUAAUCAUAUCUUGUUAUAUUUCUCAGAUAGCCCAUGUGCUGUGAUUGGUCAACUUAGCAGGCCAUAUUUUAUUUUUACAUUUUGCUAAAUUCAAUAGUUUGAGUUAAUUGAAAUCAAACCUAGAGAUAUUAGUAAUAAAAUGACCUUGUUUUCUUGGUUCCCUACUACAAGUUUCAGAACUUCAUUUUUUCCGCUUGGAGUUAUGGCCUUUGUAUGUUAUACUUAGGCCAUGAAUUCAAGCAGAAAAAACUUCAGUGGUCCUUAACUUACAGUAGGGACCUCCAACAUGGUUAAUAAGACUCGGGCAUUCAUUAAAUUUUGUAUCUUUGUAUUUGAGGUGGUACAGUUUAACCUCAGCUUAGUGUUUUCUAUUGAAACAAAAGAAAAAAAUUGAAAAUAGAAAAACUUUUAUUGGAAUUAACAUGUAGAAUGAAAGAUUGGCAAUAACCAAUUGAAUUGUUUAAUUGUUAGCAGUUCGUAUUUGCCCUUUCAGGGGCCCAGGGUCUAUACAAUGUCAACUCCCCCCUAGAAGAGUUUCAAUAUUUGGAAUAUGCUUUAAAGAGGAGUGGCAUUUAUCCUUACUGCUUCACCCAACUGGAACCUUCAUAAAACUGCACUUUAUAGCAAGAUGGGUCUGCUGUCUCACAACCUGACUUUUCAAAGGAGUGCACCUGACCUAAUUUAAUUUCACUGUGAAAACAUUAAUUAAAACUUUCUCCCUCAACUAUUUUAGUGUGUCCAAUCUGUUUGACAUAGUUGACAAUCUGCGAAACACAGAAGAUUUACUAUCUAAAAGCAUAAUUCCAUUAUUUGAAUGAUUUUCUGUAGAUGGAAGAGUGCCUGAGGUCAAAUCAUUGCUUCUGUAUAGAGACAUCAGGAAGGGUUCCAACAUAACACUACAGUUCUUUGUAAUGAGUGAAACUGAGCCAGAUGUCACAUGGUAUAAAGAUGGCAAACAGCUCAAAGAUCCUGGAACCAUUAAGCUACAUGCUAAUGGCACAUACAAAGCUGAAUUUCUUAUAACUUUGGUGCAGUACAGUCAAAAUGGGGUUUACGCCUUAAUGGCUCAAAAUCAGUUUGGAACCGGUUCAGCAAAUAUAACUUUGGCUGUCAAAGGUAGCUCUAUAAAUUUUUACUACUGGUAAAGAUGAAUGACAUGCUCUCAAAGUCUUCACUUUUCUGUAGUACUUGUUGUUGGAGCACUUUAUUAACUCAUCAGUAGAUUUUCUAUGUUCAUAACUUCCCUCUGAGGUCAACAUCCCCUGUCUUGGAUAGCUAGCAAUAUUUUUGGAAAUCAAAUCAAAUUAAUUGAAUGUUUAUGUGGGUGAUGUAUUGAUUAAGAUAAAGAUAGUGACUUGGCCCAGCAAGGCUUUAAAAAGAGAGCAAAGAUCUGACCUGUUUACAAGAAUUUUUAGCCAGAAGUUAUAAGUAAUUGAUAUAAGUUUUCAAACCCAACAGUAAUGUGUGCUCUGUUUGCAUUUUUAUGAAUGAGUAGUUGCACUUGGAAAGGUUUGAGAUAGAAAAAUUUCAGUAACCCCUUGCUGGAAUUGGAGGGUUUUUUAGUUUUGUCCCCACUCCAGCAAACAAAGAAAUUAACCCUUAUAUUUCAGCUGCACUAUAUAAAAUCUUUGGUGUUGACUUUUUAACCCCUAAGAACUGAUUGUUAAUUCUCCCCUCUAACUGCUUCACAUUUCCUUAUAAAUUAGUGGAAAUAAUUUUUUACCUGACAAGAUUGACUAUUCUCAUCACCUGCUUGCUGGAUAUUGUAAGGAUAUUUUAGGGAGAAAUUACGUCUUUAUCACUUGGAAAUUAAAAGGUUAUGGGAAAUUUCCUGAAAAUGGUAACUUGAAUUCCCUGGAUGCAUGAGCUCAGUUGAGUAUAUCAGUAUAUCAAACAAUGUUUCUUGUUCCUGAAGGUUCAGAUUCAAAUGUAUAAAUGUAACCACAGUGUCAUUAAAAUUUUUUUUCUUCUGCUACUUCCUCACAGGAGCCCCUGAGGCACCCUCUAAUGUCACAGUCAAACAAACAUCUUUCCAAACUAUACUGGUAUCAUGGCUCCCUGGAUAUGAUGGAGGAGCCGACAGCACCUUUAUUGUAAGAUACAAGAUCAGCGGCUCAGAUGUGUGGACAAGUUCUGAUAAAAUAUCAGGAAAUUUGACAAGUGCCAUGUUGAAUAAGGAAGAGGGAUGGAAUGGUGUAUUUGUUUUCAGUGUGCUAGCUGUCAAUCAGUUUGGAUCUGGUGAAUCCAGUGAAGUUUCAGUGAACUUAAAAGGUACAUUGUUGUUCAAUGUGUGUAGGUAACAACAUGAUUUCAAGUGCAAUUUGUUGUUAACACUUUAACUCCCAAGAUCUCACUAGUAAUUCUCCUUACUGUCUGCCACACAGUUCUUAUGAUGUUAGUAUGAAGAAUUUGUAUUGGAUCAACUCAUAAUACCCUCAUUGAUAUUUUUCUUUAUUCUCAUCACUUGUCUGCUUGAUAUUGUAAGGAGAAAAUCUGUCUUGGUCACUCAUGGGAGUAAAAAGGGUUAAUGAGCUGUUGUCUUUGAAAAAUUUACAAAUGCCUAUUCACACUAAAUUGCACAAGAAAUCAUGUUAAGUCCAGAUAGAUGAAAUUUUGAAAGUGUGCAGGUGUCAUUUAUAAUAUGCACUCUUGUUACAACUUUGCAUUUGUGUUACAUGAGAAUGCAGUCAUUUUCAGCCAAUAAGAAGCACAUAACUUUUUCAUGUGCAUUAUUAAAUAAAUUAUUUUAACCCUUGAAAACCCAGGAGUGUUUUAACAUGUUACUUCUCCAAGUGAUGUACAUACAUUAUCCCACAAACAGGUGAUGAGAACCCUUAAAACUAUCAGGUAGAAGAAGUUAUUGUGGUCUAAAACAAAAUUCCAGUAACUAAUUUACCAGGAAGUCUGUAACAGCUAGAGUAGAGAAUUAAUAAGCAGGUCUUGGGAGUGAAUGGGUGAACACCAAAAAGAUCUUUAUGCCAAUUCUCCUUAUUGUCCUCCUUACACUUGUUUUAAUUUAGUUGUGAGAAUUUAUUGUUAAAUCAAGUAAUACCCCAUAGGUGAUUAUCUUUGCUAUCAGUCACUUUCCAGAUUGACAUUACACUGACAUUGUUAGUAGGAGUUACUUGGUAUAGCUAACUAGCGAGCCUCCAUAUUUAGAUUCGCUCUGAAGGAAGGGUUAACACUUGAAAUGUCAAUUUAAGAAUCUCUUUAUGGUGGCCAACUCACAUCAUUAACUCAGUCGAUAAAGCUAAAUUAUCUUGUAAUACACCCCAGCAGACACAGCUUCACAGUUUCUGUAGAAACGUACCCCCUUUAUUCGAUAUGACAUAUUUCUUAACGUAUUUUUUUCAGGGGAAGACAGCGGUCCGCAAGCCCGUAAAGACGAAGGUUCAUCAACAGGCGCCAUAUUGGGUGGAGUCAUAGGAGGGGUGUGUGCUGUACUUUUGGUUAUUGUGGUGGUGCUGAUCAUACGUCGUAAAAACAAGAAGAAAAAAGAUCCUUCUCAGCCUCUCCCAGCUGUACAUUACUCUGUGGUGGUAUGUAGUUACACUUAGAAAAUAUUUACAUCUUUUAACCCUUUAACUCCUACGAUCUCAUUAGCAAUUCUCCUUACUGUCGGCCAAAUAGUUCUUGUGAUGUUAGUUUGGAGAAUUUGGUAUGAGAUCAACUAAUAAUCCUCUCAUUGAUAUUUUUCUUUAUUCUCAUCACUUGUCUACUUGAUAUUGUAUUGAUAUUGUAAGGAGAAAUUCUUUCUUGGUCUUUCAUAGAAGUUAAAGGGUUAAAGAAGAGGCAUUGGCCUAACGUAAGCCUGCAGAGUAGGCGUCUUGUUAGGGCGAGUUAACCCUUUACACUCUAACGUCAACAUCCAUUUUCUCCAUACUCUUCUCUAUACAUUCCUUUUGGUAUUGACAAGGAGAAAUCAUUUGGUAAUCAAAGCUUCUUAGGUUGGCGAUCAUUCUCUGUAUUCUCAUAAUGAUGAUAGAUGAUUUAGCGAUACUGUUGUAAGGAGAACUUGGGUGCCAGUCACUCUUAGGGUUUAAAUAGUUAAGGUUAGGAAGCGCGCAAAAACCGCAAACGUUUUCCUCGCAAAAUUUCUGGAAACUCUAUCCUCGAACCAACAUCGUUAGACAAAUGCUUUCAUUUGAGGCGAUAGAUCUUUGGCAAGACAUUCCUUAUUAUUUUAAAGACCUGAAUACAUUGUCUUUGGACAAAUAAGUGAAAUGUUGAAAAUAUGUUCUUUUUCGUCUUGUCACGAGCGUGGGACAAAGAAAAAAAAAAUUCUGAGUCCCCAUGAGGAAUCGAACCUCAGACCUUCGGACUCCGCGCUUCUAUGCUCCGAUGAAUCCGAUUCUCAGGGUUCGAUUCCUCGUGGGGACUCAGAAUUUUUUUCUUUGUCCCACGCUCGUGACAAGACGAAAAAAAAACAUCUUUUCUAUGUCUUUACCGAGCUAAAAAACUUACCAUUUCUCUUAUUUCUAUCUACAAGUGAAAUAUUAUUUGCUGUCGGAACAACACCAUAAGUAACUUAAAUAAAAAUUCAAGUAUCUGUCUUUGUUGUAGUACUACACGAUCUUUUAAGUGUGGGUUUUUUUUCUCUCGUUUCUCUUUUUGUUAAAAACCUGACUUCAAAUGGGAAGAGUUAAGCUAAAAAACCUCGUGGUUCCUCUAGCCUCUAGGCUCCAGUUAUGAUUAAACUAUGCUUUUGAAAAUAGCUUGUUAACUAUAAGUAGUUUUCUUAUUAUUCAGUUGUGUUACUUCUUUUUGCGACCAACAAAAAGAUUUGUUGUUUUUGUAGCUUGAGUAUGGCGCUUGAGUUUGGUUAUAUGAUUUAUAUUAAGUUCUCAGUUACUAUUUGUGAUGUCUACCUUAUUCUGAUUGUCUGUUGUAGUUACGUAAGUUUUGGUCUUAAAAAAAACAAUCAAAAAGCGCUCUAAACCAUUCACUUCAUUCCUGACACAGGGAGAAGACCCGUACACUUAUGCGGAUCCCAAUGUCGGCCAAUCCCCUCCAACCCAGAGGUGUGACACGUAUUCUUAUGUCACCAUCAAACCCGAUGCGGCAGCCGCUAUGGCAGCUGGCAGUGAGUAUGCAUCCAUCUCUCGACCAAAACAGUGGGAAGUACCUAAGAGGAAUGUGCGCAUUGAUAGGAAAUUGGGCUCAGGCCACUUUGGACAAGUCAUGAAGGGUUAUUUGAAGACGAAACGAGGCAUACAGGUUGUAGCCGUAAAGAUGCUAAAAGGUUUGUAUGCUUACUUACGGUUGGACUGAUUUUCUCUGGCUUAACUGGCGCAAGCUCUGGCGUGGUAGGGACUAAGAUCUCAUCGUGUUUGUCCUGAAACGUUUCUCUUCGUUGCAACGCUUAAGAUAGCGGUGACGAACAUUAUUUAAGAAUAACUCGAGAAAUGCUCAUAUACUAAAGGAUUCCAUGCGUCAAGGGCUUUAGGUUGCUUGAACGCUCUCAAAAUUCAAGUCGGUUGUCUUCAAUUGUAAACUGAGAAAAGUAAUUUUAAGAUUUUGGCGAGCGAUCGCCUAUGAAAAAACUCGGCCGCCAUCUUGAAUCUAGAACUCUUCCCUUCCCUCUUCCGUCUAACUCUAAGAUAAACAUGGUGACUCGACAAACGGUCACCUGCCUUAACGUAAACAUGCCCUCCAUGGUAUGAGACUUCCGAAGCAGAGUGGCUCAUUCGCGAUAUUGUUAUCUCUGACAGAAAAUUGA